CGCAUCACGCCCUCCGCCCGCCGCUCGCCCUUCCUGCUCCUCCGCCGCGGCCGCCAGCAGGAGUCUCCCAAAGCGCCCUUGGAGGCCACCGCGUCCGCUGCCUCUAGUGUCAGUCUCGCUCGCACGUCGACCCACAGCCCUCAACAUGCCUAAAGGAAAGCACAAGGGAGGCCGUCGGCACUUCACCAACUUCGAAGCUUUGGAAGAGCAGAAGAAGAAGGAGGAGAAGGAGCGACAAUGGAGAAGGGAGCAAGGAGAGACCGAUAGUGAAGAGGAGGAGGAGGAGGAGGGGAAGAGUUCGGGCAGUGAAGAAUCCUCUUCCGAAGAGGAGUCUGGCAGUGAGGAAGAGACAAAGGAGCAGAAAGCCAAGGGCGUUUCCAACCUCAUUGAAACCCAAAACCCAAACAGAGUUGUAGCCAAGCCAAAGAAGGUUGCAGCAAUCAGUGUGGCUGCCACAGGUGGCGGUAAACCCCAGCUGUCCCGUCGAGAGAGGGAAGAGAUUGAGAAGCAGAGAGCUACAGCACAUUACCGAAAAAUGCAUGCUGAAGGGAAAACCGAGGAAGCCAGGGCAGAUUUGGCACGACUUGCUCUUAUAAGACAGCAGCGCGAAGAGGCUGCCAAAAAGAAAGAAGAGGAACGAAAAGCAAAAGAAGAAGCAGCAGCAGCCAAGAAGGAGCAGCUUGCAAAGGUUCUCAAUAAGAAGAAGAGCUGAUCAUAUUCUUCGGCUAGAUACUUGUCUUGUAUAGAUAGCUGUGGCCGUCACACGUCAUCAUGCCAAGUGACUCUGCACGCGUCCAACUGGACUUGUUGAAUGUGCAUGUAUGAGAAUUUAUUUUUCUUUUUUUUUUUUUUUUUUUUUUUUUUUUUUUUUUUUUUUUUUUUUUUUUUCUUUUUGUCAAUUUACUUUCAAUAACCAUGCAGUGUGCCGAGUCAGUUGUCUGUGAUGUAAAAAAAAAAAGAAAGAAAAAAAAAUCUUAUAAAUUGGAAUUUGGUUAGGAAUUAAUGAUCUCGUGUCGGUGAAGCAUAUCUUUUGAAGACCUUCACAAAGAAAUGUGAAGUAUUUCCCAUAUAGUGCCAUGCCUACUCAGAGCAAUGUGAAGGUAGAAGCAUGUACUGCUGGAGAAGUACGUCCUACAAGUACAGUUCAAGUGUCAAGAACAGAUGUUUUAUGCUUUGAUUUUAGUUUGUAAUUCCUUUUUCUGAUUUUAUAAAAGAGUCUGUACCUAAUUUGCAAAUGGAUCAUACAGUAUUCGGACAUAUUUUUGUAUAAGUAUUUAUCAGAUAGUGUUUGUCAUCUUCAUUUAUGUCAUGGAAACGCUGAUUCAUAUUUUGCCUAUGGAUAGUUCUGGGUUAACUCAUACAACACUAAUUAUUUCUUUGAUAACUUUUUAUAUAAAGCAAUGUGAUAUUUAUGAAUGUUAAGCUCCAUUAGGCCUAAAAAAUGUAGUAAAUCCUGCUGCAACAAAUCACUCUUAUCAGGUGAUCCAGGUUUAGCAAACAGAACCUACCUUGCAGCUACAAAACUUCCUUGCAUAUCAUCACAUGACAUUAGCAUUACUGUACAGCACAAUGUAACAUGAAGAAUGUUGUGGCUCGGUGAAAAAGCAAGUGGAUUUUGAGUAAGUAUUUUGGGUUUAGUUACAAAAGAAAGCAUGUUGUUUUAUAUAGUUUAUUGUCAAAUUGUAAGAGGCACAUGUAUACUGUUUCCUGUCAAAAAGAUAAUUUUCUUUUAACAUCUUUUAACAUAUAUUGUGUAGUUAGUGUUGAUUGUUUAGUAUGAAAUUGUAGACACUAUGAAAAUAUUUAUACAUUUUGAACAUUAUAUCGUUUGGAGUCAGUGAUUUACUGGUAUAUGUGCUAUGUAAGUGAAAUCCUCUAUUAUGUAACAGGUUGGGGGUUAGCAGGAUAUCUUUGUUUGCAUUUAUUAAAUUCAUUCAUUUUAAGUCUAAGAACAGGAAAUGGGUUAAAAAAUUGAGACUAAAACAAGUUCUCUCACUUAUUGGCGGAAAGACAAGAAAUUAAGAAAUUGAUGUGACUGGAAAUUAAGAGUAAGAUGUUGCCUUUGCUUUCAGAGUUUUCAAACACCCCAUCAUCUAUACAUUUACAUGUUAACUGUUAUUCUACACGCAGUAUCUUCCUUCCGUGGCAGUUAUUGGAAAUCGGAUGCUGUGGGUUUGUACGGAUAUUUUUGGAACCCUUUUGCUGAUCGGUUUUGAAAAGGACCACAUGCAGAAUCAUUGUCAUUAAUAAAAGAGGCUUAUCAA